GUUUCCAAAACCAUAUUAUCGGCAUUCGCUGUGUGGCUGUCAAAGGCCUCUCCGACCAUUCACCGCCAUCUUCACCCUCUUCUUCACCUCCCUCCAAUCUCUGCUUCCACCGACGUUCCUUCUCCGUGUCGUACGCUCUCGCUUCUUGCCCUGUAGAUGUGUAACCUCUGUGUUCUGCUGUAAGAGGUGGAAGAAUUUAGAGAACAAGCCUUCCAUGCUGUUUGGAAGGUCUGAAACUGCUCGGAGUUGUGGCUUUUGGCUGAAUGAGCGCCCAUCCAUGCCUUUAUUAGAAAUUGUCACUGCACAGCCUAACUUCCAUAAUCAUCUGGGUGCACUUGGGGCUCAAGCCUUUGUUCACGGUAGAUUGUUCUCUAGUUCGUUUACUUUUGGGAAUGAUAAAAAGCUUGCCUCAUGGAAACUGUCUAACGCGCCUAAAAAGAUUCACGUCGAGCAGCAUCCACCUAAGUUUGUGGUUAAGGCAGUUGCCACCCUAGAGCGCAUGUGCUCGGUUCUGAAUGAAGAUGUGCGCUUAUCUCGCGAAAGCUCACAGGUGGCUACAGGUUCGAGUUCCUCAGGGGCCCGGCAUGGGCCGUCUGAGGAAGAUGAAAUGGAAUUGGACGAAAGAGAAAAGCUGAGGCGGAUGAGAAUUUCUAAGGCAAAUAAGGGGAACACUCCAUGGAACAAAGGCAAGAAACACAGUGCAGAAACCCUGCAACGAAUCAGAGAGAGAACAAGACUAGCAAUGCAGAAUCCUAAGGUCAAGAUGAAGUUGAUUAACCUCGGACAUGCACAGAGUGAGAAAACGAGAAUGAAAAUUGGUGCUGGAGUUCGAAUGGGGUGGCAAAGGCGCAGGGAAAAGUUGAUGGUGCAGGAGACAUGCUAUCAUGAAUGGCAGAACUUGAUUGCAGAAGCAUCUAGAAUCGGUUAUGUGGGUGAGGAGGCGUUGCAGUGGGAUUCGUAUGACAUGUUGAAUGAACAGCUUGAGCGUGAGUGGUUGGAGAGCGUUGAGCAGCGGAAAAAGAUGCCUAGGCUAAAGGGUAGCAAGAGAGCUCCAAAGUCGCCAGAGCAAAGAAGAAAGAUUGCACAAGCAAUUGCAGCAAAAUGGGCAGAUCCUGAAUACCGUGAACGAGUCUGUUCUGGCCUGGCCAAGUAUUAUGGAACACCAGUUGGAGUUGAAAGAAAGCCAAGGAAAAGGCCAGCCGGCACCGGCAGUACACGACCAAACAAAAGGAACCCAGCUCAGAGAAAAUCCAAUGCCAUGGACAACACUCCCAGACAAGAUCCUCAGAGCCAAAUCCAAAAACUGAGGCUGAAGAGAAGGAAAACUCCUCUCUUUAAGGAUCCUUUGGCAAGUUCUAAGUUGGAGAUGAUAAAGAGUAUCAGGGCACGCAGAACGGCUCAAGAAACAAACAAGGCAGAAGCCAUAGAACGGGCAAGGCUAUUGAUUGCCGAAGCUGAAAGGGCAGCCAAAGCAUUGGAGGUUGCUGCGGUGAAGAGUCCCAUUGCUAGAGCUUCCCUUGCAGAAACCAGAAAGCUUAUAGCUGAAGCCAUUCACUUGAUCGAGUCGAUAGGAACAGGAUCUAUCCCUUCCACUGACAAUGGGUCAUACCCUUCAGCCGCCAUACCAGAUCUGACCAAUCAUAUCGAGGAGGAAACAGGUACAGUCUCCUGGAAUCGACAGAACCAGAGGAAAGUCAAUGGAAGCCAAGUGAAGACAUGGGAGAACAGUGAUGUGGACUUCGAUUUCGGAGGAUUCAGCUUGCCAGAUAUGCUGGAUGAAGAAGGUGAACUUAACCCUGUCGACUUGGGUUUCGUUCCACUCGAUUGGGAAGGUCCAAUGGAAGUGGAAGGUCGGAUGGGCGAUUCGGGGGAGCGACAUGACAUACUGGAAUCAAAUGGCCUUGUAAAAGGCAACAGCAGAUCUUUACCAAACGGAACCAAAACUCAUGUUCAACCAAUGGGAAGCGAAACAAGCUCUAACCCCAUCGCAGCGACAAAGAAAUGGGUACGUGGUAGGCUCGUGGAAGUGGAUGACUGAUUUUUUGGUCCCUAAUGAAGUAAAACCUGCCGAUAAAGUGAAGGGAGUAUGUAGGUGAUUGAUUCUGGUAAGCACUGAGGACGUUGUAGUUACAUGUACCAUGUGAAGUUGAUCACAACUGUGAGCUAGAGGCCGGUUCUCAAACUCGGGACUAUAAAUGAAUCGAGGCAAGGCGCAGAGGCGAGGAACAACAGAUCGAUACUAUUCGAGAUACGAUUGUAGAAGGGUCUCUUUUGUUCGAGAUAUUACUAUUCCUGUAGGAGCAAUCUUGGAUUGAGGUGAUGGCCAAAAGGGUAUCUUAGAUUGAGCUGUAUCUACUAGCUAUACAUUUGCAAUUUGUCUUAUAUGUUUCUUUGAUAGACUAUUAGUCAGUAGACUUGAUC